CGUCUACUCGAUCUAUUACUGACGUCCUUAUAUAACCCAUACCACUCAAUAUCAUCAUCACCUUAUCCUAGCUCCCAUAUCUAAAUUUGAAACCAUGGCUGCUUAUGCCAAGAACACCAAUAGGGUUACGCUUGCAAUGGAGAGAACUGGACAAUGGGUUUUCUCUCAAGAUAUCCCAACUGAUAUUCUUAUACAAGUUGGUGAAGCAAAGUUUCCUCUUCACAAGUUCAUGUUAGUAGCAAAGAGCAAUUACAUAAGAAGAUUAAUACUAGAAUCAAAAGAACCUGAUUUGGCAAAGCUAGACCUCUCGAGUAUCCCUGGAGGAGCUGAGAUCUUUGAGAAGGCAGCAAAGUUUUGCUAUGGUGUCAAUUUCGAAAUUACUGUACAUAACGUAGCAGCUCUCCGCUGUGCUGCAGAGUAUCUCGACAUGACAGAUCAGUACUGUGACGGCAACCUUGCCGGCCGGACGGACGAUUUCCUUCUUCAGGUAGCCCUAACGAGCCUCUCCGGCGCCGUCGUCGUCUUAAAAUCAUGUGAAGAUCUUCUUCCCAUUGCUGAACAGAUCAACAUUGUCCAACGAUGUGUUGAAGUGGCUAGUGCUAAGGCGUGUAACGAAGCAAAUUUUCCGAGCCGUUCGCCGCCGAAUUGGUGGACAGAAGAGUUAUCAAUCGUCCACAUACACUUCUUCGAGAAAAUAAUCGCUUCGAUGAAAUCACGAGGCGCAAAAGCACUCACAAUUGCUAGCGCUAUCAUAACCUACACCGAGAGAGCGUUACCGGGCCUCGUCCGCGACCACUCCGGUAACACCAUAAAAUCUUCGAUCUCCAUCGACUCCGCCUCCAGAAACAAACAAAGAGAGCUCCUAGAGUCAGUCGUCGCUCUACUCCCCGUUGAAAAUCAACGAGCGUCUUUUCCGAUUAACUUCCUUUGUUGCCUCCUCCGAACGGCGAUCUUCCUCGAAAACGAUGAUGUUUGCAAGAAGCAACUGGAGAAACGGAUAUCAGCGAUGUUAGAGCAUGUCACCAUCGAUGAUCUGCUUGUGCUGUCAUACACUUUCGACGGAGAGAGAUUGUUUGAUUUGGAGAGCGUACGGAGGAUCAUUUCUGGAUUCGUGGAGAAGGAGAAGAGUGUGUCGGUGUUCAACGGCGGUGAUUUCAGAGAAGUCUCGUCGACGGCGAUGCUUAGGGUUGCAAAGACCAUUGAUGCGUACCUCGGUGAAAUCGCGAUGGUUACUGAGUUGACCAUUUCAAAAUUCAACGGAAUUGCCAAUUUGGUGCCAAAAAAUUCACGAAAAUUUGAUGAUGAUCUAUACCGCGCAAUUGAUAUAUACCUCAAGGCUCAUCCAACUUUAGACGAAAUUGAACGUGAGAAAGUUUGUAGCGCAAUGGACCCACUAAAACUCUCCUACGAAGCACGAGUACACGCUUCACAAAAUAAAAGAUUACCCGUACAAAUAGUUUUGCACGCGCUUUAUUUUGAUCAACUACAGAUACGAAGUGGUACUGAUGAGAAGAAGACACCCGAUGCUUUAAGCAUGAGAUCUCAAGUACAAGCAGACGUUUCAUUGGCUAAAGAAAAUGAAGCAUUGAGAUCCGAAUUAUCGCAAAUGAAGGCUUAUAUAACUGAUAUACAACACAAGAAUCAAGUGGGAUCGACGUCUUCUAGAAUUGGUAAUGCAAAGAAGCAUAAAUUCUUCUCGUCGAUGUCUAAGACAUUGGGGAAGUUGAAUCCGUUCAAAAACGGUUCAAAGGACACUUCUCAUAUUGAUGAUGUCAACGACAUUGACCUUACAAAGCCUAGGAGGAGACGGUUUUCCAUCUCCUAGACUUGAAAACCUUUUCCAAUACUGAAGAAUUAGAUUAACUGGUGUGAAGUGUGAUUUUUUUCCUUUCAUUUAUUUUUUAUGUUGUAUGUAUACAAGAGCGAGUCCCCCAAGUGUGUAUGUAGAAAAUCAAAGAUUUCUUUCGUCCUGAAUGUUGGUUCUAAGAAUCGUACCAAAUUAUAUAUUUGUUUAUUUUAUGUA